AGGGUAAAAUGAUGGCAUGCAAACACUGCAGUGACAUUUUCAGUAAGGAGGGCACUUUGAAACUAGCAACCAUAAGCAGAGAGGACCAGGGAAUUGAAAUGGAUGAUGAGAAGGACUCGCUUAAGAAGCAGCUGAGGGAGAUGGAGCUGGAACUGGCACAAACCAAACUGCAGCUGGUGGAAGCCAAGUGUAAAAUCCAGGAACUUGAACAUCAGAGAGGAGCCCUUAUGAAUGAAAUCCAAGCUGCAAAAAACUCUUGGUUUAGCAAAACCCUGAACUCUAUUAAAACGGCCACAGGCACCCAGCCACUGCAGCCGCCACAGGCCACCCAACCACCCAAGGAGAGCACAUAGUUCCAGCCUCACCCAAGCACAAGAGCACAAUGAUCAAAGCAAUGGAAACCUAGGAGGAUUAUUCCUGGUGUCCCUUUGAAGGAAAGUCAAGGAGGCCAGAAAGCAAGCCAGGAUCUUCAACAGCUCUGUCUUUCUUGUGUGACACUUUUCAAGGGUUGUUGUUUAAAAUGACCUAUUUUAUGUUGAAUACCUAUUUUCCAGCUUCUUCGUAGAAGGCCAUGAUCAGAUCCAUAAUAGUAUUACACAUUAUUUUAUAUGCCUGAUGGUUAGUUGGAAAACAAGUAAUUCAGAACUAAAUGCUUUUUAUUUGGAACUAAUUAUUCAUAAUUAUUUUUAUUUACAUAAAAAUGGAGACAACUAUUAUUCCAAGGUUGAAGAGAUAGGAAGAUCUUUGUUAUUAAAAAAACUGAAACUUCUUAAUUUUUCAGGAUUUAUUUAGAUAAAGCACACUGUGGGGCUAGUCAUGACCAUGGUCACAUUUCCACCUGGAAGUGACUCCUAGGGUAGAAAUGAUCCUGUCUGAAGGAAAGAACAGACAAGGGAUUGAACAGUCCCCAAAGAUUACUAGUUUAUUUUCAUUUUCUGUUGGGUACAUCUGGGAAUGAAGUGCCAAGAACUGUGUAACAGACGACGGGCUAUUGAGAAUACAGACUAAGUAAAAGGAACUGAGAUUUUGAUAAACGCAGGAUAAAAUCAUUUGGGCUCUGGUGUUCUAACAAAUACUUUUAAGAACUACAUAUAGGAUUUGCAAGUCCUUAAGUAUGACUGAAUAGGAAUAUAGACGUGACUACUGGCAAAAGUAAAGUGUAUAUUGCAACUCACAGACGCAGGGAACUUUCCUCAGAGAAGCCUAGAAAGGUCCAGUUUCAGCCAUCAUGUUUAGAGUGGACUACAGAACCAGUGACAGAGUAUUUCAUUUAAUGUUGACACAUACUUGCUAAGGAAACACUAAUAUACUGUCAUUUUGUUAAAGGACAUACUGUUGAAAUGGGAAAUAGAGGUCAGCUUUACAUUAUCUUAGUUUAAUGUUGGACAACUUUUCUUGAUUUCUGUAGCUCUCUAAAACUGUGCCAUUGGUACCUGUAGAUAAAAGAGAUACAAAUGAGUUUGUAACAUUUUGACUGAAUAUAACCUUUAUAGACAUACUUGUCUCACAGAAACAUAAAAAGCUAUUGUUUAAAUAUUGGUGAAAAAAAUUUUCAAUUAUAUUUAACAUGCCUAGAUAAAUAGUUCUUGCAAGAAAUUCUUUGGUAAGAGCAAAAGUAAUUUUCCUAUUUUCUAAGCUAUGUUGGAGUGCUCUGAUCUUUUCACACCAAACUAUGAUCAGAUAUGUACAAUAACAUUUAUUGACACUCAUCCUUGGCUUCAUUGUUGAAUAUAUUGUUUGCAAAAGAUCUUAAAUUCUGUAGUGCCAGAGUGAGUCUCAUCUGUGCCAUAUGUUGCAAUUAAGUGACACACUGUUAGAUACAAGAAUUCAGUAAGAGCCAUCUCAACCCCAGGAAGAUACACCAAGUUGCUUGUGGUGGAUCUUUUCUGCUAAAGUAAUCUUUUAAGUUCUAAAAAGUGAAAUCCCCUUCAUCUGUACAUGUUUAGAUCAUCUCCGUGCGUACAACAAUUUACAUGGUUGUUAUCUGUUACACUCACCAGAUAAUACUUUUCUUACAGAAAUCUUUUUAAUUGUUUAUCAUAACAGUUUCUUUUUACCAAAAGGAAAAAGAACCCAGCAUUCCAAGUAUCUAUGUUGACUUUAAUAUUCUCUACAUGGUGGUUUAGAUAAGCUAAUUUUUUUUUUUUUUUGUAAAAUAUAGUGGCUAGAAAAUUUUUAUCUUGGUACUUGUUUCUGUAAAUCAUUUAGCAUAGUCUGUUAGCUUUACCAGUACUUUAUGCUUUGAUUCUAUGAAGCUCUGUGCCAGUUGCCUUAUCAAAUGGCCAGCUAAAUUAAAGAUGCUCUUUUGUG